AUGAUUGCUACCAAGCGCUUCGCAUUAUUGACGCUGGGAGCUUUCAUCGUCUUUCUGAUCCCAUUUCUCUUCGGCUACCACUUCACGACCAUCAAGGAUGUUUCUUUAGAAUACAUCAAGAAUGCUUCCCGAUCAAGAAGUUUCCACCUGCUCCUGCCUGCGACGGGACCGAACGUCGACUUCUGCAAAUUGCUGCUCUCGGCCGCUGUCACAGGCUACCCUGAACCCAUCUUCAUCGGCUGGGAUGGCCGGGGAAUCUACAAUGGCUCACAAUCGCAUUUGUUCAAGAUCACGGAGACCUUGACCUAUCUGCGCUCCCUUCCCCCGAGCGCGGACAGCGAUCUCGUGCUGUUGCUGGACGCAUAUGACAUUUGGCUGCAAUUGCGUCCGGAAAUCAUGAUUGAGAGGUAUUAUCAUGUGCUCAAACAAAACGACCAACGAGUGAAGGAGGAAGGACUGCUCAACAGGUUUCACGGAGGGGCUCGCAUCCAUCACUCCAUUGUUGUAGGCCCGGACAAAGUUCACUGGCCGCAAGGGGAAGAGGACGCAGCUACGUGGGCAGUCCCAGUGUCGAUGCUGCCGGAGAAUGCAUUCGGACCUGAUACGGACCACAACAUGAUCACAGCGAGGCCAAGAUGGCUGAACAGUGGCACCAUCAUGGGACCCGUCAAGGAUAUCAGAGACUACUUCUCCGCCACGGUAGACAUGCUAAGCCGGAAAUACGACUCGAACUACGAGUUCCGCACGAGCGAUCAAUACUAUUUCGCAGAAGUGUGGGCCGAGCAAGAAAUCCAACGAUCGCGUUUGCGCGAUGGCGCCGACUUCGACGAGAAGCCCGACGUGGGGAACGGAGUCACUGGAAUCGUGCCGGACAUUCCCCCAGGCCGUCGAACCGAAUUUCACGUCUGCCUCGAUUACAGCCUCGAGUUAUUCCAAACAGCCGCCGGUUUUGAGCGCCACCUGACUUGGAUGCGACAUAACCAGACAUCCAAAGCAUACCCUGAUCUGACAACAAACCCAGAUGACCCUGAACCAGAAGUCGCCUCGGGACCAGCCAAAGAGCUCCGAAUCGACCAAUGGCUCCUGCAAGACGACAUUAUGGCUUCGGAACCCCCAUUCGCCGCCAUAGACUCCUCAUGGACAGACACGCCCCCCGAGCAAAGCUGGUCCGAAGCACUAUUAGGCACCAACGUGGUCACCCAACUCGUAUACCCCCUCUUCCACAUCACAGGAGACAAGACCCUGCGUGAUCGCUGGUGGCCGCGAAUGUGGUUUCACCCUCACGCAGAACUGCUUUUGAAAGCAACAAAACACAACCAGCACUCGCGGAAUGGCCAAUACGUCUUUGCCACAGCCGCCGGAGCGACGUGGCGAGGUGCCCUCCCCAUCAUGGCGAGCCCCAGACCUGCGACUCUGGCGGGCCAGCAGGAGAAAGGUGGCGCGUGGAUCGAUACGGGCGAGUACGUGCCGUGGAAUUACAUGUGUGGUGCUUUUGAGGGUCCGCAGCUCUAUAUU